CAUCUUGCCCCGCGCACCAAGAGUGAGUAAACUCUGAAAUUAGACGUGUUGGCUCGUCGUAAACCACGUUAUUAUUCCCCCAAUAGUAACGCGGUACAAUUGUGAAACUAAAUCGCCAUUGGGUUUGUGUAAACACGUCGGCGACCGCGUAAUAUUUGACGAAGGCCAUUCGUCUCCGACACGUUGUUGUUCCGUCUCGUAUGUCCCCUGGAAUGACAGCUGAAGCCAUUGGUACCGCCUUUUAGAAUGCGCAGCAGCCAAUCACAGCCCGCGGAAAACCCCUCCGCAGAGACGUUUGGCCGUUGUGCGCACGCGCACGUCAGUUGGUAAGUCCCUCGCUUCUCACAAGCUCGCGGGAGUGUGAAGAUGGCGGUUGGUUCCGGACCGUUGGAUGAGCUUUUUUUACACACAGAGGUGAAUAAAGCGGUAGUUUGUCAUCCCGUGCCGUCUGGAGAGUCACACCCGUCGUUCUCGUGUCACAACAACCACCGGUGUAGGCACGAGGCAGCCGGUAAUUACAUGGCUAUAGUUACCGGACAGCGGGGUAACGCGAGCUAAUGUCCAGCUGGGACUUGGUCGAGACGAUUGCCAGAGCAGGUACGCUGUAACUACUAAUGCUGUUUUCCUCUUUGUCUCUCCGGGUAUACGCAAAAAUCAAGCGCCGGAGUCGAGUGAGAUAAAAAAUAAAUAAAUAAAAAACGUACGAGUUUUUGCCCCCAUCACAAUCGAGAUCCGUCCGUGCGUUGAAGUUGCGUUGAAGUUGCCGAGGGGGAAGAGGAGAGGGGGGGGGGGGGUCUCAUCAUAACGAGCUCCCCCAUGGUCCAACCAUGGAUGCGUCGACGGCCAGCACGGACUCCACCGCGGGACGCGACCCCGACGGGACACUUGUUGCUGGCGGCGCCGCUACUCCGCCGCUCACGAACCACGGGGGGAAAGUCGUCUCGCACUCGGCGCAGACUUUCAACGGGAGCCGCAUUGUGAACUCUGAGUAUUCAGGAAGUGGCGACUCUCUCGUGGGGGCGACGCCGACGAGUGGCACCGGCGGCGGGGGUAGCGUGAUAUCCGUCGCCGGCGGAGCGGCGGUGUCAAAAGGUCCGGCCGGCGGCGCCAUAACGCACCCCGCGUCAAGCAGCGUGAUCCAGACGCCGCUCGCGACCCCGCCGAGCGGCGUCAGGCCGCCCGCGCAGCCCUCGGGGGCAACUUUGAACGGGACAGACGACGCGGGGCGAGCCGCGGCGGUCACGACGACGGGUCACGCGGGUUACGGCAUCCGGACCCCGCUUGUCAACAGCAGCCAGCCGUCCGGCCCGGUGCCCUUCACCGCCGGGUCGCACAUCAUCAAGGCAGAGGCGCCCACAACAACAACAAUGCAGACGGUCCCCCCGCCGCCGGCUGUCACUCACGGUGCUGUCCGGUUUCCGUCGACGGUAGCCCUGACGCCCCAGAUGUUGGCCCCGAGGCUCCCCCAGACCUCACCGGGACAGCCCAGCAUCGGCCUGCAUAACAUCCAGCUCCCCCCUGGGAUGGUGCUUGUGCGCAGUGAGAGUGGACAGUUGCUGAUGAUUCAUCAGCAGGCUCUGGCCCAGAUCCAGGCCCAGGCCCAGGGAGGCAUGGCACCUCCGACCCCUACACCAACAAGCAUGCCUCCUGGACAGGCUCCUGGAAACAUCAUCAGACACGAAGUCGCCCCCAGCGCAAUCCGUCAAGGCUGUCCCGGCCCGGCGCCACUCCCUGCGACCACCACUCUUCACAGACCUCCCAUCCUUCAGAGCUCAGUUGGGGCUGCAGUACCAGGAAUUACCCCCAGGACUGUCGGCCACACAGCUGGGACCACGGUGACCUCAGUAACAAUAAGCAAAGAGACGAUGGAGAACGUGAAGAAGUGUAAGAACUUCCUGUCUACAUUGAUCAAGCUGGCGUCCAGCGGGAAGCAAACCACGGAGACUGCAGCCAGCGCGAGGGAGCUGGUCAAGGACCUGCUGGAGGGCAGACUGGAAGCGGAGGAUUUCACCAGCAGAUUGUACAAAGAGCUCAACUCCUCACCCCAACCGUACCUUGUGCCUUUCCUGAAGAGAAGCCUCCCAGCCCUGAGGCAGCUCACCCCGGACUCGGCAGCCUUCAUCCAGCAGAGUCUGGUCCCCCAGCCGGCUGCGGGUCCAGUGCCCUCCACCUCACCCAUCCCCACCACGGUGGUCCUGGGCAGCCCGGCGGCCCGUCUCGCGGCUCCGGUCAGCAGGCCUCAGUUCCAGCCGGUCAUCAGCAAACCGGGACUGACCCCCUCACUGGUCAUGCAGGCCCAACAGCAGAGAGCAAUGUUUAAACCUCAGGCAGCCUUACCGGCGACCCCCAUGGUGACUCUCAGGAAUCAGGCCCCUGGCCGCACCAUGCUGGGGCAGCAGCCGGUCCAGCUGAAGGCGCUGCAGCCAGUUCCCGUGAGGCCGGAGCUGUCGUCCUUUUCUAGACACGCCUCCGCUGCGUCCUACAGCCUGGCUCAAAAGAUCAAGCUGAGGGAGGCGGUUGGCAAAGAUGAGGACGACAUCAACGACGUGACCUCCAUGGCCGGCGUGAGCCUCUCCGAGGAGAGCGCGAAUAUCCUCGCAACCAACUCUGGACUCGUGGGCGCGGUGACGCAUUCCUGUAAGGACGUGGCGUUCCUCCCCUUCGCCACCCUGCAGAGGAGGAUGCAGGAGAUAGGUCGGCGGUACGGUGUGAGCGACCUGGGUGCCGAGGUGGUGAACCUCGUCUCCCACGCGGCUCAGCAGCGCCUCCAGAACCUGCUGGGGAAACUUUCCCAAGUGGCUCAGCAGAGAAACGGCAACUUCAAGGAGGAUGACGCGUGUGAGCAGAGCAGUGACGUUCGGGCUCAGCUCAGGUUCUUUGAGCAGUUGGACCAUCUGGAGAAACAACGGAAGGAGGGCCAGGAGAGAGAGAUCCUCCUGAAGGCAGCUAAGUCUCGAGCGCGGCAGGAGGACCCGGAGCAGCUGCGUCUGAAGCAGAAGGCCAAAGAGAUGCAGCAGCAGGAGUUGGCUCAGAUCAGGCAGAAGGAGGCCAACUUCACAGCGCUGGCAGCCAUCGGUCCCCGGAAGAAGAAGAUGCCGGACUCUCCAUCCUCCUCCGCCGGAGCCGAGGGGUCCGGUCCGGGUCCCUCUCAGUCCGGGGGGGCGGCGGCGGCGGGCUCCAGGCCCACGCGGCAGCGCAUCACGCGCGUCAACCUCAGGGACCUGCUCUUCUGCCUGGAGAACGACCGAUCCACCAGCCGCUCCCACUUCCUCUACAAGGGCUUCCUCAAAUAGGCCCGCUGUCACGAGGGGGGGGAGAUGUGUGUGUGUGUGUGUGUGUGUGUGUGUGUGUGUGUGUGUGUGUGUGUACUAACCGCUCCCACCACAAAGACUCUUCUAAAUGAUGAAGAGGUGGAGGGCAGCGACUCGGCACAUUUCGAGGCUUUUCAGAUACACCUGAUAACCUGAAGUACAGUCGUAACCAUAGUGGAUGCCCCCCCCUUCCCCCCCCCCAUCAGACCACUUCUGGACUAUCACUCUCCGUGUUAUGAGGAAGAGUUCCCGUAUGAACAAAUGUCUUAUUGGACAUUAUACACUGUCACUCAGUACAGUAUAUAUAUUUUAUAGAUGAUUUCUAAGCUCAUUAGACUGAAACAGCAAUGGAAAUAAUUUUGUUUGCUAAUCAAAUUUGUUUUUAUUAGCCCACCGACUAAUUUGAUUUAAAAAAUGAUUGAAUAUUUGAUUUGUUACCUGAAUUAGUUUAACCUACUGAGUGGCCUUCCUCGCUAUGAAUAAGCCAUAUAGCAACGUAACCGCUCCGUCUGUCCUCUGUAUACUUUUAUUUGUUCAGCAUAUUUAUUUCCUAAAUUCCUUAAAUUAAUGUUUAGAUAUUUAUUUAAUUUCAUGUCGCGUAACAAUUCAAAACAAAAAAAGGCAUUAACCUGCGUUGGAUGUGUUUUUAAAUCAGUUUUGACAUGUUGGGUGUGUGUAAUUUUCAGUGAGUGGUUUGUUUCAGAGGGUUUUGUUCUUUGUUAUCUUUUAGUUUUUAAUCUUUUAAAUUGUUGUUUUUAAAAGUAGUUUAACGUGUAUUGACUUCUAAAACUUGUAACCCUCAUUGCUAUACCAAACAUACAUCUACCUGAAAGCGAUUUCUAUUUUUGUAGCCGCCCACAGACACACAUUUGUACUUUUUUCAACAGUGUCCGACGACUCGAGAAGGUGGCGUUAUCUUCUCGUUUGUAAAUGUUACACCUGAGGUUUACACGUGGUUUUGUAUAGAAUUGAGAAUUUUACCCACCCGGCAUAAAAGAAAUUAAAUAGUUUGAAUAAAUAAUGAUUUUACAGGAA